UCUUCGGCCAGGCGCCUCCAACGCCACAUUACGUAACUAAACAAGUGACUAUAAACCUAUUGUAGUUACGUAGUUACUACCAACUCUUGUCAUUACUCAAGUGUGCCGCCGCCCUAACGCCCGCGAUAACAACGACACACGUUCUUCGGACGCUCAACAUUCAACUCGCUUUUUUUUAAAUUCCCUCCGUUUAAAUACGGUUUAUUGGAAUUUGAACUUUAAGCGGUCAGCAGUGAUUUCAUUUUGGAUUGUGCGCGAGGUGAAGAACUCUGUUAUCAGGUCACGGUUGUGUUAUCAGUGAAAGUAAGUGAGACUAGGGAUUUGUAACAGUACCACAGUUCUGCAAUCAAUAUCAGUUAUUAGAUGAAUUAUUCAUGAAGGAAGUACACGCCUUCUUUAAGUGUUUAAGUGUUUAACGUUUUUUCGUUUUAAAACGUUUGUGUAAUUUAGUGAACGCGAAACUGAAUAGUUUUUGCCUGUUACAAUUGUAACACACACUUCGAAGCGGAUACGUCAACGUCUGUGCAGCGGUGUGUCUGCUGCUACUGGUCGGAUUCACCCCGCGGACAUCGGCAGCGCCGCGGCCUAGAAGAGACAGCAUGGAGAACGAAGCGUGGGCGAACCCUUGUGACUACGCCCCUGGGAGCUCACCAUCAUCACCAAAACCAUUCACAAAAGACCAAGCCAAAGAAGUCGCGAAUCAAGCAAAAGCCGCACUCGACAAUGCACAAUCAUUCAAAAAUAAUUUCUCUGACAGCAUACAAAGCUUUCCUUCGUUCAGCGAAACGUUUGACACGACGCCCUGGCUACGGAGUAAACCAUUUGUUACUCAAUACACUUUUCCUGAAACGAAGGUCAAGAUCGAUAUGGAAAUGCCGCUAGAAGAUCUUAGCAAAGUUGUUGCGAAUAUUGAUGACCAUUUGCCAGCUAUGUAUAAGGCGCUUAAGAUGGUUGCGGCGGGAUUGUACGCGAUCAAAGAGAACGGGCUCAAACAAGAUGUUAGGGAAGAGAAGAAUCUCAAGCCUUUCUUCGACCACUACUUCAACGCCGUGAGACAAGUUCUUUGCGAAUUUAAUGAAGUGAUGGUGUCAAAACACAUGGAAAUUCUUCCCCUACCAGACAACGAAAUUCCAAUCAUCGGAGAGAACAGAACCGAUACCAUGUUCCAUAUAUACAGAGAUACGAUGCUGUACCUCGACUACCUUCGGCAAGUCAUGGACCAUUGGGCGCGUAGUCCUUAGACCUUCAGCGUGCUUCGGACUCAACCAAAAUGUUGCAACUCUCUAAACGGGGUGUUUUAGGUUCAAAAUGUUCAGAUAUUGUAACAUGUAGCCUAGCGGUAACGCCAUUUCUCGGAGAAAUAAAAUCCAUUAGAUCAAUUUAUAGGUGUAUUACAAAUCCAUGUACACUAAAUUAUACAUAGGUAUUAAUUACAAAAUAUGAUCUUAAUCUGCAGGAGUAUAAAAUCACCUUAACCUUUUAAAAGUACAAUAUUAUUUUGUAGCAACACUAUUUAUGUAAAGCCCAACAGUAGAACACAUCCGUCCCUCUCUCUUUUGUUGAAAACAUAUGGUAUAUACUACUUAUGUAAUUUCUAGAUCUUCUCACGUAGCACUUAAUGUUUCGAGUGUGACACUGGUUUAUAUAUCGAAUUUCUAUAAAUAAGGUAUUUUUUACUAUUUUGUAAUAGCUGGUUACAUAAAUAAUUGCUUUAAAAAACUCUGCAUGUAAUAAAAUAAGAUCAAAAUAUCAGUAAAUAGUACAGUAUUAUAAAUUUAUUAAUUACCGAUUAAACAUGUUACCGGCGGAGUUUUUUAAACGUUUAUGAAAUUGUUGUCGUCUUCGCUUAGUAAAUUAACAUUAUGUAUAGUAGAAAAUGUCAUUGCCAUUACAUUGCCAUUUUGGUCUAGAACAAAUAAGUUCCUUUAUUUUUGUAAAUACUUGUAAAUUAUGACUUAUUUAUUAUUGGACCGGCAUUCAUAACACCCUAAAUUCCCGUUAUCCUAGUCAAGGUCUUAAUUUAUUUUUACAUGCUUAACUUCAUUUUAAUUUCGACUUGUAAUUUUAUAGUUUAGAUUUUAGUUUAGACUUCAUUCCAUCAGACUUGGUUGUUGAUGUAUUGAUGAAUUCAUGAAUGUAUCUGAUGCUGUAUCGUGAUUUCGUGUAGUGACUAGUUCUCAUGACUGUUGUUGUAUGGUCAUUUAGAGACGUACGCUAUAUUCCUACUUUCAUUAGUAUUACUUAACUUUGUUACUAUUUAUUAUUACUGUUACAGAAAUCCAAUGAAAUAUUGAUUAGCUUUAAUACACCUGUUAAAUAUUAUUAUUAUAAAGAACAGAGCUGGCUAUAGCUAUAGCUAGAGCUAUUUAUGACUUAAUCAUUAUUUGUAUAGCUCAAACAUGUUUGAGAAAUUAAAUUAUUAUUACAUUUAAA